AGAAUCUCCGGAGUUCGAGUCCAGCCUGGUCUACAUAGUUCCAGGGCAAUCGGGCGACCCAGGUCUGGAGGUGGGGUGGGGGGGUCGAGUGUGGGGUGACCGCCCGGCACGAAGGACGAACCUUCCUUCCCAAGUGUGAUCCUCGAAGCUGGAGGUGAACUCCAGCCACCGGGCUCGCCGCAGUGCCUGCCCUACCUCCCCCGGGCAGAGGGCCAGGGUCCUUGGAGCCGAACAACGGGGCGAAUAUCGGACUUUGGAAAAGGCUCCGGUUACGCAAACGGCCGAGGCCGCCCACAGGGGUGAGCUGGGGGUCUGGGUGACUCGACUCCGGACGACACUAGCACCGGGGAUGCGUCCCGCCAAGGGUCUCCCCGCUGCUUCCUGCGACGGCCGGCCGAGGGUUUGCCAAGAGGUUCUACCGGAAGCUCAUGGACUGACUCUGAGAUCAGGGUCUUCCUGCUGGAGUGGGAAGUAGUCGAACAGGAAAUGGGCCACCCGGGCAGGAAGAUCCACAAGAAGACCAGGGCUCUUUGCAGGCGCCUUUAUCAGCAGGGCCUGAAGAAGAGCUGGGAAAGCUGUUUCGACCUACUGCUGAGCCUGCGAGAUCUGCACAGGACUCUCUGUAAUGAAAGACCGGGAAUUGAACCCUUGUUUUCUCCUUAUGCGGAGGCCCUGUACAGGAUCCUGGGCUCCAGUCCCCAGGGAAGCCAUGUCCCAGGUCCUCUCGAUGAUGGGACUGGUAACCCUCCACUUUCCGUGUACCCUCAAACUCCCAGGAACCAGCCUUGGGAUUAUGGUGUUGCUGUUCCUUCUGCACAGCUUCAAGGGAACGUACUGCCAAUGAUGUCACAGGAGGAUUCCCUGUUUCCAAGAGGGGAGCACUGGAACCCCAACCAUUCAAUGUCAGCUCCAAACUUACUUCCUGACUUUGCCCCAGGAGACCCUAGCUUCCAGCAGCCAUGGCCCACCGCGGAAUAACACCCAGAUACUCAAUGAAGAUGAGUGGCCUUUCUUUGUUUAUUUUCUGAAAACCCUGGGACUGUGAAACCCUGUGGGUGUGAGCAUCUUUCUCUACCCCAUAAGGAAAAAAAUGUGGAGUUAAAUAAAGGUCCUUAUAGUGACUC